CAGUUUAUUGUUGACUGCUCUGCUUUGCAUCACCUGUACAUUCAGGAGCAAAGUGAAAUGUUCUAGAGAGACAAGUUAGCCAUCAGUGCCAAGUGAAGUAUUUGGUGAUUAUCACAACAUCUUUAUGUACUCGUGAUGUGUUGGUGGAUUUGCAAUCCCCAUUUUACUGAAAAACUGUGUCUGGCUGCACCAAGUAUUUGAUUAAAUCUCGCAGCAGUCUGCCGUCAUUUGGCUAGUUUUGAGGGCUUUUGUUCAGAAAGUGAGGCAAUUGUAUACUUCCUCUCUUCCUCAAGCUUGAAGACUUCAUCUCUUCAUCUCCUGUGGUCUUCUCUAAAUAACAAUGUUUCAUGCAAGUUAUCAAAGGAAAACCAUGUAGGUCAGAGGAGACUGGCCCAGGGAUGUGGACCAGGGAGGAGACUGGCCCAGGAAUCGGAGGAGUGAACUAGCAGCUGAUUGUAACACUUCAGGAAGGAGUUUCACAGAUGCAGUCUGUAUUGUUCCAAAGUUCACUGCAGUUUGGCAAGCAGUCUUAGACUGGUCAUAGUGCUACAACACUCAAACCUACCUUGUGUAAGUCGACCAGACAGACAACAUUACGGGCAAGACUCCAGAGUGUUGAGUCAUGCAGGAUGGUGAAUGUUUAAACUAGAAAGCUUACCAUGGCAACAUGGGUGGAGGGGAAACCUAUCCCACCGCGGAAGAAUACCUUGAGUGACGUGAAUGAUGUCAGUGAGAUAAAGACUCCCUGGGCUCGUGGAAGUCCUCUUUCAGAUGCAAGCAAUAAAGCCCUGGACCCAACAACUCCAACUUCUCAUAUAUUCGAUGAAGGCAAACUGAGUUACAAUUUGGGUUCGGUAACCAAGACUUUAAUAACCCCAAAACCCAGAGUUUCUCCAAGACCAUUUUCCUCAGAAAAAUCCUCUGUGCCAUUCUCACCUUUCCGGAUCACACAAGCACCUGCUGCACCCUCGGAGCUUAAGAGAGUAACUUCGAAAGUUACUCCAUCAGGGAAGCUGUCUGCAGCUACAGGUGAUGAGGAAGCAUGGUUCAGGGGCACAGCAGCAAAGCAUUCACUAGCUGCUUCACCACUCUGGUCUUCAGGUUCUUCAUAUGGACCUGAGAGCAUCAGUUACGUUGGGGCUGGUGAUUCUCAGGGGGAUAAAAACAUGCUUCAUUUGCCUUCAACACCAAAUCUCUAUAAUGUUGCAGCUUCCUCUUCCAGCGUAGUCUUGAAUUCGGAAAGUAUGGCAGACGAGGAGAGAGACUAUUCCAAAGCGAAGGCAACCACAUUGGUUAUUUUGGAAACUUCUACUCAGAAGUUAAAAUCCAACAACUCCAUUGAAGGUGACUCAAAAGCUGGGAAAUGGAAGAGCAGAGAUGGACCAAAGGAUCUCCAGAUGCCAAGGACCUCAAAACCUUUUACGUUGCCUAAACCAUCCUUCCGUUUUGGGAAGUGCACCUUAAGUGCCAUUCAAGGGAUCGGGACGUCAGAUCCCGCAGCGCCUCCUCUGAGUGUUUUGGAAAAGUUGGACCAAAGUGUACAACAAGACACAGACAACACAGACAAGGAAAGGGACAUUGCUGACACCUCAUUUCCUCGCAGAUCCCAUCCAAGGAAAUCCAGGCCGUUAUCUUCGUGGCUUUCUGGAACGACACUUGACCAGAAAUCAGAAACCCCCAUAAAACAUGAUGAAAAUGCUGCUUCUCCUGAAAAACCAUGGCUUAAAAAGCCCAGGCCUCUGUCCAUGGACCUAACCGCCAUGUUUGAAGCAGCAGGGUCCACGGUUUACAAGAGAAAUACCAGCCCGUUGGAGGAAAGCAAAGAGAAUGUCCCCGUCAUGCAAACGCCAGGUGCUCUGUUCUCAGGGACCAAACUCAAAGCAGAAGGGUCAGCAGCGGAAAUGGAGAUAUCCAGGUCUCCCACGUCUCCUGAUGACCCUGAAAACAAAGGAAGGAGUUACCUGUUUGCUGUCAAAGAAACCGUUAAUAGCAAUCCAAAGAUAGAUAUCAGUAGAAAAGAUUACAAGGGUCUUGUGUUGUCUGAGACAAAAAAAGAAGAGGAAAUGAGUUCAAGAGAAAGCAAGACACUGUGGCACAAUGAUAAUAGUGACAAUAUAACCAAUGCAGCAUCCAGGAAGGAGGAAAAGGAAGAGAGAACGUUCACUACCUCAUCAAAAACUAAAAAGGAGAAAUUGGAAAGUAGCCAGGAGCAACAUAAAAGUUUGGCAAAUAGGGAAUUGGAUAACAUUUCUAGUCUGGAGCCUGCUCCAAAUGAUGAAAAUCCUGGUUUGGGUUCAAAUGAUCGAGGACCGAAAGGGAAUAGAACUCCAAUUUGUGGUGGGAUGAUUAAGAGACGCAUCAGUCUUCUCAUUAACAACGCCAGCAGCAGCCCAGCAAAAACCGAGGGCACGCAGGCCGCCGGUGAGAAGGAGAAGAUAAACAUCUGUGUCAAGCAGCAAGUCCAAAGCUUCAUUUCUGAGAACAAAGAACAAGUCCAAAGUCCCCAAAGACGGUCACUUCCACCUCGACCACUAUCUUCAGAUAUAACCAAACUGUUUGAGACUCGAGCAGUUGUCGACGGUGGCCGUUUGGAGAAGCAGGUGGAUAUGACUGUCUUUUCAUCUCCAGAAUAUUCCGUUUUUCAGAACGCUCAAGAACAGAGAGGGAUGGAGAUCAUUGAAAAAGAAAAUGAAGUUGAAAGAGACUCGGUAGGAAAAGGCCAGUUGCAUGUGGCGGAGCCGGAACCAGAGUAUAUUUGGAGCAGACUUAAUUCAGUGAGGAAAGUGAGGAAAGCUUUGGAUAAAGGGACCACCGAAGAGGAAACCAGCUUGGAGAAAAUGAUCAUGCCAAACGAUGCCGGGAGGAAGAGGGAGAUGAAGAUUGGGACCAGUGCGCCUGAGACCAUUGUUGCUUCAACAACCAAACUUGGUUCCCAAUGUUCAGACAGACAGAAAUGUGAGCCUGAACCAUUGAAGUCUGAGUUGCUGGUAAAACCUAUCAGAGUCUUCGUAGUUGAAAGUGAGACCCAACAUCAAAGGGUCCCAGAGAUAAUGGACUGGGAAGGUUCUUCCAACUCGGCAGAUUCCCACUUUGAUAAAGGGAGAAGAUCGGAACAAACUUCCAAAUCCGGACCAAAGAGCUACUUGGCUAUGAGAGCAACAGUUCGAGUAACACAGGACGAACUCGAGAGCAAGAAUACAACAUCUUCUCGGGUUGAAGAUACACCUUUAGAACGGAAAGAAAAGAUUUACUUUGAAACAGAGGAACAAUCUGAUUCUGGGUUUUACUCUGGAAAGAUCACUGAACGAAAUGUUCCCAUUUUGCUGCCAGCUGGAGGUGACGAGAAAGUUGGUGUCUUGCAGAAGGUCUGUGAGGAAGCAGUCUGUCCCGCACUCCCAACUACCUCUGCAGACAGGGUCGAUGUCCAGAGCACCAGGAGGUCAAAUGUUGCAACAGGUCAAACAAAACUUAAAGAAAAUGUUUGUGGUGUAAGGAGACGCUGGAAUCAGCCACAUCCAACCGAGAAUAACACUUCAUUAGCUGCACCAGAUUCUGAUAUCAGUAGGAUGGAGGUGUUCAAAAUGGUGCAAGUUCAGCAGUCGAUACUCAGCUCAGCAAAGCCCGGCUCGGAUAAAGUUGGAAAGAAACCAGUGAAAGUGACUCGGCACAGCUCCUUCAAUAACCCAGGCAUGUUCCUUUCAAAACCUAGCACCAGGCAUCCUGACUUAAGAAAAUGUGAUGACUUGAUCAUCCAGGACCUGCUGCUGUCUGCCAGAUCCAAGAAAGAUCCAAAGUGCCGGGACAAUAUUGAAACUAAACAUUGGUUGCAAGAUGAGGCAGCUUCAGAUUUCUAUUGGAAGGCCCCAUCAGAGGCAGGAAGGGAUGAGAAAAGCAAGAAGGUUUCUUCAGAAGUCAACGCUGAUCAAAUGUAUGGUUCUUCAACUGAGGCUGGCUACAAGAAGCACAGCUAUGUUUUAACUGAUUGGAGGACAGACAGCUUCCGUGAAGAGUUCUCCAAAGAUUACCCCAAGUUUUUCACCCCAGAAAAAGCAAAAUCGACUUUGUUGACUGAAGAGUUUCUUGCCAAGCCAUGGACCGACAGCAUGGAGGAUUUGUCAGAGGAGGCCCAUGUUACACCAACUGUGCAAAAGUCUAAAGGGGCAGAUGUUGAGAAACCAAGAAAGACCAGGGGCAGUUCGUCAAGUAAAUGUCACAAUGUUUUAGACCUGGAUGUUUUUAUGGCAGAAUACAGAAUAGAAAGUUCAGCGAGGAAAAUUGAAGAACCAACUAGUUUUCAUUACCAGAAUAAGAAGAGCGACCACCAUUCCAAAGCACUUCAAAAAGAUCAUGAAGAACAUGGAAGCCCAAAGUUGACAAAAUCUGCUGAUCUAGACGCUGGAAAAUCAUCCCUUUCAGGCAAAAGGAAAAGUACUUCUGAUAAGCUGAUUAGAAAAGCUUUGCAUCGCAGCAGUAUCCUUGACCUCGAUGCCCUGAUGGCUGACUACACGAAAGAAUCAACAAGACCUGCUGACAUGUUCUCCAAAAGACAUCUGGAUCCAAACUAA